AUGGCUCAAUCUUACAACACAGUCAUCAUCAUAGGAGCAGGUGUAUCAGGAAUUGCAGCUGCAACCAAACUACUAAAGAAUAACUUCAACAAGUUUAUCAUAUUGGAAGCAGAAAACCGUAUUGGUGGUCGCAUUCAAACUUUACCCUUUGGUGAUGGGCACAUUGAACUAGGAGCACAAUGGAUUCAUGGAGAAGAAGGGAAUGUAGUAUUCCAAAUGGCUUCUGCUCAAAAUUUAGUAUCUGAUAAAAGAGAAACAAUUCAGCAAUUUAUUAAUUCUACAUUUGUUACGUCAUCAGGUAGCGAACUAAAAUCUAACCAUCUUCGUGAUUACUUAAAAGUAGCUUAUUCUGUAUUUGAUGAUAGUCCAAAGGAUGAUUUAGAGCGAUUCAUGUCAUUAGGAGAGCUUUUUCAAAAACGAAUUGAAAAUGUCUUAGUUGACACAGAAGAACUACCCCUGAAGCAAUUUAUUAAUUGGUGCCAACAUUAUCAAAAUUCUGACAAUGGAAGCGAUAGUUGGUUUGAAGCAUCUGCAAUUAAUAUAGACACUUAUAAAUAUUGUCCUGGUUAUCCUGAAAUUAGUUGGAAAUCAAAAGGAUAUUCAACUGUAAUAGAUUUAAUGCAGGAAAAGUUUAAUGAUGAAGUAGAAGACCUACAUAUUAAAGAUAAAGUAAUAUUUGGAAAAGAAGUUGUAAAAAUAUAUUGGUCUGGUGAUCAAGCAGAAGUAUUAUGUGCUGAUAAUAGCCGUUUUAAAGCACAAUGUAUUUUAACUACAAUGAGUCUUGGCGUUUUAAAAAAUGUGUGUAAUGAAUUAUUUGAACCUGAACUUCCUGAAUAUAAAUUAAAAGCUAUACAGAAUUUAGGUAUUGGAACUGUUGAUAAGUUAUUUUUGAAAUUUCCAUAUUCAUGGUGGUCAGAAGGCACCACGGGGUUUAGUUUUUUAUGGUCCGAUGAUGAUCGUGAAAAAUUCAUUAAAGAAAAUAAAAGACGUGGUUGGGAUUAUCUGUGUGAUGUAUUUGGUUUUUAUAUUUGUGAUAACUGUCCAGAUACACUCCUUGGAUGGAUAGUGGGUCCUGCUGCAAGAAACAUGGAACGGAAAUCUUUAGAUGAGAUAAAAAUUGGAUUAAUGUAUUUAUUGAAUAAAUUUUUGGGAGACACAUACACUAUUCCAUUUCCAGAUUUAGUGACUAGAUCUCAAUGGGGUUCCAAUAGCCACUUCUAUGGUUCAUAUUCUUUUCAUUCUAUGAACACCGAUAAAGAAGGAAAAGCCAACAGUCAAUUAGCAAAACCUUUAAUUAAUUCCAAUGGAAAAAAUAUUUUGCUGUUUGGUGGUGAAGCCACACAUAGUUCUUACUUUUCGACUGUACACGGAGCAAUUGAAACUGGUUGGCGUGAAGCAGAUAGGAUAUUGGAACAAUUUAUGGAAUAA